AGAGGGCGCCCUCGCCCGGCCCUCGCGGCGCCCGGGACGGAAGGGGCCCGAGCGCUCUGGCUGCGGCAGCGCGCGGCACCCCGAGCGCGGCGCCCUCGAGCCGCCGCGGCCGCGCAGGUUGGCGGGCCGACUUGUCCGCCCGCCAGCAGAAGGAAGCGCUGUCCUUCCCGCUCAGCCCGGUGGCUUCCCCGCCCCGCGAACUCUCCACCCUGCAGCGGCCGAGCGGCGUGGCCACGGAGGCGCCAAGGAGGGGCGAGCCACCGCCGGGCAGCGGCGUGGCCCCGGGGGACAGGCUACCCGACAGGAGGCGGCGGCGCGGCGGCGAAGGCUCGGCGCGCGAUGGCAGCUGCCUAGCCCGGCGGGCGCGGAGCAGCCCCGAGCUGUGGCUGGCCAGACGGUGCGUCUGGGCUGGGGACCCCGCCGCCGCCGCCCGGCCGGCAGAGAUGAGCACCGAGGCGGGCGAGGGCAUCACUUUUUCCGUGCCGCCCUUCGCCUCCUCCGGCUUCUGCACCUUCCCCGAGGGCGGCAGCUGCCGGCGGGGAGGAGGAGCGGCGGUGGCCGAGGGCGAGCCGAGCCAGCAGCCUCUGCAGCCGCCGCCGCCACCUCCGGGCAGCUUCUGGAACGUAGAGAGCGCUGCCGCGCCCGGCACCGGGUGCCCGGCUGCCACCCCCGGGAGCAGCGCCACCCGAGGCCGGGGCAACUCUGGUAGCGGCGGCGGCCGGCGCACCACGGUGGCUUAUGUGAUCAAUGAGGCGAGCCAGGGGCAACUGGUGGUGGCGGAGAGCGAGGCCCUGCAGAGCCUACGGGAGGCGUGCGAGGCGGUGGGCGCCACGCUGGAGACUCUGCAUUUCGGGAAGCUGGACUUCGGGGAGACCACGGUGCUGGACCGUUUUUACAACGCAGAUAUCGCCGUGGUGGAGAUGAGUGAUGCCUUCAGGCAGCCAUCCUUGUUUUACCACCUUGGGGUGAGAGAAAGCUUCAGUAUGGCCAACAACAUCAUCCUCUACUGUGAUACGAACUCUGACUCUCUGCAGUCCCUGAAGGAAAUAAUUUGCCAGAAGAAUACAAUGUGCACUGGAAACUACACCUUCAUCCCGUACAUGGUGACUCCACAUAACAAGGUCUACUGCUGUGACAGCAGCUUCAUGAAGGGCUUGACGGAGCUCAUGCAACCCAACUUCGAGCUGUUGCUGGGCCCCAUCUGCUUGCCUCUUGUGGACCGUUUUGUUCAGCUGUUGAAGGUGGCACAAGCAAAUUCCAGCCAGUAUUUCCGAGAAUCUAUACUCAAUGACAUUAGGAAGGCUCGGAAUCUAUACACUGGUAAGGAACUGGCUGCUGAGUUGGCAAGAAUUCGGCAGCGAGUGGACAAUAUUGAAGUCUUGACAGCAGAUAUCGUCAUCAACUUGCUGCUUUCCUACAGAGAUAUCCAGGACUAUGAUUCUAUUGUGAAACUGGUGGAGACUCUAGAAAAACUGCCAACUUUUGAUUUGGCCUCACAUCACCAUGUGAAGUUUCAUUAUGCAUUUGCCCUGAAUAGGAGAAACCUUCCCGGAGAUAGAGCAAAAGCUCUUGAUAUUAUGAUUCCCAUGGUGCAAAGUGAGGGGCAAGUCGCUUCAGAUAUGUACUGCCUCGUUGGCCGAAUUUACAAAGAUAUGUUUUUAGACUCCAAUUUCACUGACACUGAAAGCAGGGACCAUGGAGCAUCUUGGUUCAAAAAGGCAUUUGAGUCUGAGCCAACACUACAGUCGGGAAUUAAUUAUGCGGUCCUCCUCCUGGCAGCUGGGCACCAGUUUGAAUCUUCCUUUGAGCUUCGGAAAGUUGGAGUGAAGCUAAGCAGCCUUCUCGGUAAAAAAGGAAACUUGGAAAAACUCCAGAGCUAUUGGGAAGUUGGAUUUUUUCUGGGAGCCAGUGUUCUGGCCAAUGACCAUCUGAGGGUCAUUCAAGCAUCUGAAAAACUUUUCAAAUUGAAGACUCCAGCAUGGUACCUUAAGUCUAUUGUGGAGACAAUUUUGAUAUAUAAGCAUUUUGUGAAACUGACCACAGAACAGCCUGUGGCCAAGCAGGAACUUGUGGACUUUUGGAUGGAUUUCCUGGUUGAGGCCACAAAAACAGAUGUUACUGUUGUUAGGUUUCCAGUGUUAAUAUUAGAACCAACCAAAAUCUAUCAGCCUUCGUACCUGUCUAUCAACAAUGAAGUCGAGGAAAAGACAAUAUCUAUUUGGCAUGUGCUUCCUGAUGACAAGAAAGGUAUACAUGAGUGGAAUUUUAGUGCUUCCUCUGUCAGGGGAGUGAGCAUUUCUAAAUUUGAAGAACGAUGCUGUUUUCUCUAUGUGCUUCACAAUUCUGAUGAUUUCCAAAUCUAUUUCUGUACAGAACUUCACUGUAGAAAGUUUUUUGAAAUGGUGAACACCAUCACUGAAGAGAAGGGGAGGAGCACAGAGGAAGGAGACUGUGAAGGCGACUCCCUGGAGUAUGACUACGAAUAUGAUGAAAAUGGUGAUAGAGUCGUUCUAGGAAAAGGCACUUAUGGGAUAGUCUAUGCAGGUCGAGACCUAAGCAACCAGGUCCGAAUUGCUGUUAAGGAAAUCCCGGAGAGAGAUAGCAGGUACUCACAGCCUCUGCAUGAAGAAAUAGCCCUGCAUAAGCAUCUGAAGCACAAAAACAUUGUCCAGUAUCUGGGCUCUUUCAGUGAGAACGGCUUCAUUAAAAUCUUCAUGGAGCAAGUUCCAGGGGGAAGUCUUUCUGCUCUGCUUCGUUCCAAAUGGGGCCCAUUGAAAGACAAUGAGCAGACAAUUGGCUUUUAUACAAAGCAAAUACUGGAGGGAUUAAAAUACCUCCAUGACAAUCAGAUAGUUCACCGGGAUAUAAAGGGUGACAAUGUAUUGAUUAAUACCUACAGCGGUGUUCUCAAGAUCUCUGACUUCGGGACAUCAAAGAGGCUUGCUGGCAUAAACCCAUGUACUGAAACUUUUACUGGUACCCUUCAGUACAUGGCACCAGAAAUAAUUGAUAAAGGACCACGAGGCUAUGGAAAGGCUGCAGACAUUUGGUCUUUGGGCUGCACAAUCAUCGAAAUGGCCACAGGGAAACCACCAUUUUAUGAACUAGGAGAGCCACAAGCAGCCAUGUUCAAGGUGGGGAUGUUUAAGGUCCACCCUGAGAUCCCAGAGUCCAUGUCUGCUGAGGCCAAGGCAUUUAUAUUGAAGUGUUUUGAACCAGACCCUGACAAGAGAGCCUGUGCUGAUGACUUGCUUAUUGAUGAGUUCUUAAAAGUUUCCAGCAAAAAGAAAAAGACACAGCCCAAGCUUUCAGCUCUCUCGACUGGAUCAAAUGAGUAUCUUAGAAGUAUCUCCCUGCCUGUCCCGGUCCUGGUGGAAGAUACCAGCAGCAGCAGUGAGUAUGGCUCCGUGUCACCUGACACAGAGUUGAAGGUGGACCCCUUCUCUUUCAAAACCAGAGCCAAGUCCUGUGGAGAAAAGGAUGGGAAAGGAAUACGGACUCUCUUUUUGGGCAUUCCAGAUGAAAACUUUGAAGAUCACAGUGCGCCCCCUUCCCCUGAAGAAAAAGACUCUGGGUUCUUCAUGCUGAGGAAGGAUAGUGAAAGGCGAGCUACCCUUCACAGGAUCCUGACAGAAGACCAGGACAAGGUUGUGCGGAACUUGAUGGAAUCGCUGGCCCAGGGUGCUGAAGAGCCCAAACUGAAAUGGGAGCACAUCACAACCCUUAUUGCGAGCCUCAGAGAGUUUGUGAGGUCUACUGACCGAAAAAUCAUAGCCACCACACUGUCAAAGCUCAAGCUAGAGCUGGACUUCGACAGCCACGGCAUCAGCCAAGUGCAGGUGGUCCUCUUUGGCUUCCAAGACGCAGUCAAUAAAGUUCUUCGGAAUCAUAACAUCAAGCCGCACUGGAUGUUUGCCUUAGACAGUAUCAUCCGAAAAGCCGUACAAACAGCUAUUACCAUUCUGGUUCCAGAACUGAGGCCACACUUCAGCCUUGCAUCCGAGAGUGACACAGCUGAUCCAGAAGACUUGGAUGUAGAAGAUGACCACGAGGAACCACCUUCAAAUCAAACAGUCCGAAGACCUCAGGCUGUCGUGGAGGAUGCUGUGGCUACCUCCGGGGUGAGCACACUCAGCUCCACUGUAUCCCAUGAUUCCCAGAGUGCUCACCGGUCACUGAAUGUGCAGCUUGGCAGGAUGAAAAUAGAAACCAAUAGAUUACUUGAAGAAUUGGUUCGGAAAGAAAAAGAGUUACAAGCACUCCUUCAUCAAGCUAUUGAAGAAAAGGACCAAGAAAUUAAACACCUGAAACUUAAGUCCCAACCAAAAGAUCUUCCUGGGUUUCCCACCUGCCACCUGAAUUCUCCUGGAACAAUCACUGAAGAUUCUGAGCUCACUGGCUGGCUGCGAGAAAAUGGAGCUGAUGAAGACACUAUAAGUCGGUUUCUGGCUGAGGAUUACACACUAGUCGAUGUUCUCUACUAUGUUACACGUGAUGAUCUAAAAUGCCUCAGACUGAGGGGAGGGAUGCUGUGCAUACUGUGGAAGGCCAUCAGUGACUUUCGAGACAAACACACUUGACCGCCACUGAAUCUAAUCUUCGGUCGAGAUUCUGAACAUUAAUACAGACUGAUCUUAGGCGAGGGAGAAUCAAAGGGAGAAGAGAAAAAAGCUGCACUUUAAAUCCAGUAUUUGUUUACUCCUGUUAAAAAAAAAAAACAAAACACACUGAAAUUUCCUAACUGCUUCUAUUUCUGCAAUUCUUAAGGCCUCUUCAUAAAGACUUUCAAAAUAAUCCUAAUUAGAAUUCUAAUGUUGAGGAUUAUUUUAGUCUAAAGAUUUUUAUAAAGCUAUCUUUAUCUCGGUAGCUACUGCACUUCAGCCAAAUGUUUAUCCCAAAACAGAACAUUUUGUGUGAUUGUGUACCACUGGAACAAAACCACAAUGUGACCACAUCUUAGGAUUCUAUGUGUUUGGAACAUGCCCUGAGCAUCUAAGUAGAAAUGCAUAAUUUCGAUCAUUGUAUAAAGUUGUGGGGUUUUUUUUAAGUGUGCAGACUCUAAGAGCAAUGGCUUUUUUUCUCUGUAUUAAUUGUAACAUUGACUGUAUUUUAUAACUUAAGUUUCUGGCCCAUAGUAUGUUUGUUGGAGAUGUUUAUGUACUACUGAACUGCACCAGUUGCACAUGCCUGGAUCAUAGUGAUGUUAGCUUGUUCUAAAGCUAUCCGUUGUGUUAUAUUUACUCUACAAAGUAAAAAGAUUGCCAACAUAC